GUAUCUUCCCCAAAGAUCUCUCGCCAAAACAAAAGGAGAGAAACCAAAGAUAAACACAGCGAGAAAAUCAUCGGAAAAGAGGGAAUAUCGAUAGAGAGAAAAUAAAUGGAGAUGGGCAUAGCAUAUGCUGCAUCAUCUUCUACCCCUAUUUGCUGCUUUGAUCAAGCUCUUACGCACAGAAAUUUGCUCUUUCCCUACACCAAUAUCAGUAUCAGUACACCCGUUAGUGGCAGUGGAAGUGGUAGUACCAGUUGCGCCUAUGGAAGGAAUAGACCCUUCUGCGUCAAGGCAAUUAAUAGCUCAUCCUCGAGGAGGCCGACUUUAUCUAGCAACUGGGAUAUUUCUGGUUUCUCUAAUGCCGCUGUUCCUUCCGCUCCUCGGCUGCCCAGAUUUGAAGAGCUCGAUACCACUAACAUGCUUCUACGUCAACGAAUUAUCUUCUUGGGCUCUCAGGUGGAUGAUAUGACAGCAGACUUGAUUAUAAGUCAGCUAUUGUUUCUAGAUGCUGAAGACUCAGAAAAAGACAUCAAAUUGUUUAUUAACUCUCCUGGUGGAUCUGUAACUGCUGGAAUGGGAAUUUAUGAUGCAAUGAAAUUGUGCAAGGCAGAUGUUUCCACUGUUUGUCUGGGGCUUGCUGCAUCUAUGGGUGCAUUUCUUCUCGCAUCUGGUUCUAAAGGCAAGAGGUUCUGCAUGCCCAAUUCCAGAGUGAUGAUCCAUCAACCCCUUGGAACUGGUGGAGGAAAAGCAACAGAGAUGAGCAUCCGGAUAAGGGAAAUGGUCUACCACAAGGUUAAGCUGAACAAGAUACUGUCUAGAAUUACAGGGAAGCCCGAGCAACAGAUUGAGGUGGACACAGAUCGGGAUAAUUUCAUGAGUCCGUGGGAGGCCAAGGAGUACGGAUUAGUAGAUGCAGUUAUUGAUGAUGGGAAACCAGGAUUAGUUGCACCGACUGCAGAUGCAGUACCUCCCCCUAAAACACGGGUGUGGGAUCUGUGGAAGGUUGAAGGUAGCAGAAAAGCAAAAAAGAAUUUGCCAUCAGAGCAUAAAAUUUUCCAAAAUGGAUAUGCAGCAGGUAAAGGAAGUGACGAGGACAGAGGCACAGAACAAGGGAAGGACACACCUGCACCUGUAUGACAUUCUGCAAGUUGUACUGCUUCCUAGUUUCUGUGCGCCUAUGCCUGAUCCUGUAUGAACACUCUCGGAGCAGCCAUACCUUGUAACGGAUGUGGUCAUCAGCCACUGAGAGAUGCCUCCAAAGAGUUGGAAGGAGAAAAUUCUUUAUCUUGUUUCAGAAUGGUUCCAUGUCUUGAAUGUCACUUUUGUUUAGUAGAUCUUGUCAUUUUAUAAUGGAUAAUGAUCUUUUGUUUAGCAAGAUACAAAAGAAUUAACAAAAGGCAGGUAGAGAUAAUCUUCUGGGUAUACAUAUUUACACGAUACAUGUUUCAUUUACAAACAGAAUUAGUUGGUUCA